GCCUUCGCUUGAAGGAAGAGCUGGAGGACUGGUACCAAGAGAAUAUGAGUGGAUCCAACGAGUUGAAGCCAGCAGAAUCGACGCCGGCAGCACAGGUGCCAAGCUCAUCUUCAACUUCAAUUACCGGUGACAAGCCGCAAGCUUCCACAGCAGCAGAAAAUCCUCACUCCACGGGAACCGCCAACCCUCAGCCAACAGCGGCUGAAGCUGAUGUUCCCAAGACUUCAGCAGCAGGUGAAGACUUGACACAGCAGUUUGCUGCCGAAGGUGCCAUGCAAGUUGUCGUCGCUGAGAAUGAAGCGCUACCUGUUAAAGAUAGAUUUCUGAGCUGUGAGCUGGUGGUCCCUGCAAUUUCUUUGAAAAAAAUGGCGCUUUGCUUGAUGGAUAGCUCAGACCGCAGCAAAUCCUACGCCGCGGUGCUGGGAUUGGACAAAAUGACAGUGUACAGAGUCGGGAAGCCAUGCUUGAAGUCCAUGAUCGUGGGAGAUUUGUUGGGGGCUGACAAGGAUAGUUUUUGGGCAUCGGCUACCAAGCAUUUGACGACCAAGAAAGUGGGUGCCGUCAUGAUCUUUGACAACUGCAGUGAAUCCAUUGAAAGUGUGCUUGAGGACAUGCCCCUCACACUUGAUCGUGGUGAGUUUCUCUACGUGUUCAAGAUUCCUUCAGAUGGAAUUCUUGGAGAAGCACACGAUGAGUAUAAGAAGGUUGAAAUCCUGAAAUUUGAUAGGGAUAUGAAUGCCAUUCCAGGGCCCUCUGGUGCGGAAAUAUUCUCGGUGGGGCGAUUGGGCACUCUUCAUGGAGGUUUGCUUCACUUGGCUGACUUCAGGGCGCCAGCUUCGAGAUCUGAUAUUGCAGCUCUUCAAUUGGUUGAUGUUGAAGGAAAGAUCAAGAAGUCGAGGUCUGGUAUUGAGCAGACAGAAGCAGCUGUUUCCAGCAAAAAACAAAAAAGAGAGGAAAGAGUAGCUUCUCAUCAGGGGAGAGUCGAUUUCUAUGAAAGGAAGGUCAAUGAUGCGACGCGCUUGUAUUCCGUCUGGAACCAGAUAUGGUCGUCUGUGGCAGAUUCCAACACCAAAACGGCUGGACAGCAGUGGAAUCAGUUCUUUCUGAGCAUUGCUGAGGAGGAUUUGGACACAACUCCACACCAGUUCCUUGUGGAUGAGGUUGAGUUGCCAUAUGGAAAGAUGCUGAUGGAACUGGCGCUGUACGUGUCCACUCUUGAAAAGGAUCUCGAAAAACACAACAAGCAGUUGAAGAAUUCGAGGAAAAGAAAGCACGAGACAGAGCAAACCAUCCAAAAGCAGGAUUCCAAGGCAUUGGCCAAGAUCCGGAUUCUUCAGGAUGAAACAGCGCAGAAGGCAAAAAGAGAGGAGGAUCAAAAGAGGAGACGUCAGAUCUGGCAUGCCAAGCACCAGUUUACACGGAAGUCAGGCCGUCCUGGACAAGGGCCCAAGAAAGCCCGGAAAACCAAGGAUGGAGGUCAGUGGGAAAAACCUUUGUCCAAGCAAAGGCGGAUCAUCACCAUUGAGGACAAACUCAAGGUAGUUGACUACUACCUGCAAUUGAAGAAGGAACGCCAAGAGGCAAACAAAGAGGUGUGUGCCCCAGAGCCUCGGUCUGGCAAACCGGAAGAUAAAAGGGCUUACGUGAAUGCCAAGAAGAAGGCUAGGCAAGUACUCCGCAGAAACAUCCAGCGAGAGUGCGCUGAGAAAUUUCCGCACAUCUUGGGAAAGGGACAAGCCUGCAAAUGGCAUGCAGUCUCAGAAAGGGAACAGUGGAGACACCUACCAGCACCAGUGCGAUGCCGGGUCUCAACAACCGGGAACUCAUGGCGUCUGAAGCUUGGUCUUCCUCUCAGAGGUCGAGCUCAGGGUGGCGGAGUCCCUUGGGCUUUGCAGGUUGAACUUGACACACUGAUAAUGGAAAUGACUGCGGGGGCCAGUGAUGUCAGUGAGCGCCGUGAUGUGGUCACAACCGACCAGAUUGCAACCACAAUCCAGAACCUGGUCCAGGAUUGGAACAAGAACAUUGCAAAUGCGAUUGACAAGGUGAAAGCCCACAACCAGAUGCUCUCACAAGAGAUGGAUGCUGGCAGGCUGUCUCCUCAAACAGUCAUGCAGCAGUGGCUUCCUGUGCCCACGCUUGUGCAGCAGCCGUCAGUGCAAUGGGCAAGGUGGUUCCUCAAGGAAUUUGGAUGGUCAUUGCUUGCCCGGGGCGAUGGAUCUCAAGGCUGGCUAGCUUACAAUCAUUGUGACAUGGUGGCGACACGCGCAAAGGUCGAAGGCCUCAUCUCAAAGCGUGGAUGCCAUCCUGCUCUCAUCCUGAAUUAUGAUCAGUUGUGGCGGUCUUGUUACCAAUGGGGUGGCCGCCUAUUGUACAAGCACCGCAAAAACAAGGGGAUGCGGGCCAAGAAGAAGAGAGCCCCAAAAACAAUGGGGAAAAAGCACCACGCUGUCAAGGGUGCAAGGAGAGGGAUCACUGCGAUCACCUCCACGUGGUCGGACGGUUCGCGGGGACCGAUAGCAUUCUGCAUACCAGAGGGCAGGAUGAAGGUGGAAGAGAUUUGUGCCUUCAAUUCACGGUAUGAAGGCCGUGCUUUUGUCCUAACUUCGGGUACCGGCACUCACUUUACUUCAGCAGAGACGAUGCUGACUGUCUUUGAACAGUUGUACUCUGUGGCCUUGCAGAAUCAGCGCCAUAAGCACUCCCUGGACGAGAAGUCCAAGGCAGCCUUCAUUUGCGAUGCUUGGACUGGCUUCUUUUCAACAGCAGCUGGGCAAGGGCUUCGCCGAGACAAUUUCUACAAGCUCCACAACAUCGAGCCACCGUUCCGCCCACCUGGUGGCUGGAGUUACCAUGGGCAACCAUGUGAUCAACUUCACAGUUGCUUCCGGAAGGCCAUCAGACGGAAAGACCUUUGCAGCUUGGGGAUGGAAGCCGACUUGAGGCAUCGCCAGCGUUUCGAGGAUCUAACCAUCAAGGCCUCCGGACAGGUGGCUUUGGAGGUGAGAUCUCAUAUUGAAAUCUUGAAGCUGACGGUUUCGGCCUGGGAAGAGCUGGAACGAAAGGUUUUCCAAUCUGCAUGGCUUUCUUGUGGGUACUUCAGUUGGGAGCACAUGGCAGGGUUUGCAGAAGCGGGAGAAGAGGAAAUCACCAUUGAAGCGGCCCAACAGAGUUUGAGCGACAUGUUUACACCACUUGGGAAGCUUUGGACGCCUCAGAGAUGUCGAUCCUAUGAAUGGCAAGUGCAGGACUGUCGGAUUGUUUUCUGUAGGCUUACUCAGGGGGACCCCCUUCGCAAGCUUCGUUGCUUUGAUUUGAGAAAUCAGGUGGCCAGAGAUCGGGGUGCAAAUUUGAUGCAGGGGUAUGAGCACUUGCUCAAUCACUUCGAUGAUGCUUCCGGAGAGGAGAUGAAUGAUGAGAAUGACGGGGACGAAGAGUCUUCAGAGACACAAUUUGGAGAUGAGAUGGGUUUGGAAG